GUGAAGUGGUGUGGACAGUUAACGUGUGUGUAGUUUUUAAUGAAUAAAUAAUUAUUUUUAUGUAGUGUUAUAAAGGAAACAGAGCACAAGAUGGCAAUGGCUACAGCGACGCACAACUCUGUCACCUCCUCGAUGGAGUCUUCUCAGACCCUCAUCCAAACUGAGUCGAGGGUUCAGAGGAGCUACCAAGAGGUCCAGUCCUCAGAACAGCGUCAGGUCAAGAAGAAGAAGAGUAUGAGGAGGCAUAAGGAUGAAGGGAAUAUCUCUGUGUCCAAGAGUUCAUCAAAACUCCACAAAAAGAUGCAAGCAGCCGAUGAGAACCCGCAAUGCGCCGCCUGUUCGCGUCCCGUCUACGCUAUGGAACGCAUCAAGGCGGAAAAACGCGCGUGGCACAAGGAGUGCUUCCGCUGUACGCAGUGCAACAAGCAACUCACCGUGGAGACUUACCAGAGCGACCACACUACUCUGUACUGCAAGCCGCACUUCAAACAGCUAUUCGAGCCCAAACCAGUCGACGGGGACGACCAGACUGACGCGGCUCCUCCUAAGAAACACCAGAUGAUUAUUUGCGAAAGCAACCCAAUCGAGCUACCCCCCGAUGUUGCCAGAGCCUCAGACAAACCAGACUUAGGUCUAGAGGAGCUCUCUCAGCUGGACGUGAAGUCCCGCUUCGAGGUUUUCGAGAAGAAGAACGUGGCAGAAGACCCGGCUCCCAGAGAACCGCGCGCUCCCCGGGAGAAGAGCACCGCACUGCUGUCCAAGCUGGCCAAGUUCAAAGCCAAGGGCAUGGACGUUGGUGUUUCCGACGAGUAUCUAAACGGCGUACCGGUGGAAGCCAGCUCCAGCGAGCCUGAAGACGAAGAUGACGAAGACUCAAUCCUCAAGAAGUCCUACAAGGCCGCCAACGGGCGCGAGCAGCCGGUCUCUUUCUGCAACAUGAGCGAAAUAGUCGGCAAGUUCGAAACGGGCCAACACAAUUCUUCCGAGCGAACCCGCGAGAGGAAACAGGAGAUACAGAACAUACGGAGCAGGCUGUUUAUGGGCAAGCAAGCUAAGAUCAAAGAAAUGUACGAACAGUCCGUUAUGCAGAGUGAACAAGGAGUAACAUCAGCGGAGAAGAUCGCUCGCGAGCUAGAAUUGGACGCGGAGAAGGCUCGACUGAUCAAACAGCGCUUCGAAAACGGAGAGGUCUUCAACGACGAAAACCAGCCGCCUAAGAACAGGGAGAUUGAAGAUCAGGCUCUGUUUAACGAAGGCAUCGGCAAGAAAUCUCGCUCUAUCUUCUUGGAGCUAGACGCAAACGCCAAGAACAUGACGCCAACUUCUCCGCCCCCACAGGAGGUGCCCAAGAGGAAGGAAAUUCCCUUCAUACCCAAAGACGUGGUCCGUGCGGCCGACAAAGUGGAAGAGGUCCACAUCCAGACGGCCGACAUCACGGACCGCUUCAAGUUCUUCGAGACCUACAAGCCCGAGCAGACGCGCAAGGAGUUCCGCAUGACGCCGCCUAGGCAGACACAGCGCGCCAAAUCCCCGUCCCCUGAAGUGUACCACGAGCCGUCCGUCGUGCGGAGCUCGCCCGCCGCGCCCGACACGGGGCUGGCGGCCGGGAGGCACACCGCCUCGCGCAUGAUCGACGUCUUCCGCCAGAUGGAGGAGGAGCAGCGCCGGGGGGAACCCAGGGGUCCCAAACCCCUCAAGUGCUUCACCCCCCUUCCCCCCGGCGAGGAGACCCACCAGGGCCACAGCUCCGAGGAAGAAUACACUGACGAGGAUUAUUCCGACGAGGAGGACAGCGAGGCCGAAAGGCAGAGGCUCUACCACGAGACGAGAGCGAGCGACGAGGCGCUCAAACAGGCCCAACAACUAGCCCGUACUAAGAGCUUCCGUGACCGUUUUGAACACUGGUCGGAGUCCGAACCCCAGCGGCAAGUGGGAGAGGUCGUUAUAGAGCGAGAUGACGAUGGAGAAUCACAGCUCGAGACCGCCAAGAGCUUGCGCGAAAAGUUCGAAGCCAUGAAGGUGCAGCAGUCAAACGUGACGAAGACCUUCGCGCCUAAAGUCAAUAGAUUUGUGUAACCAUGGAGUGAUACCGCGAGCCGUCGAUUGCCAAAGCCUUACGUUUUAACCCUGUUUUAAAGUUGUAAAGUCUCUUUUUGCCAACAAUACGGAAAAUAUAAUGUAAUAGGUACCUUCUUGCAGAAUAAUAAUUUUCUUUGCAUUUGCAAUAAUUAAUUUAUUAACUUCUUCACAUUUUCACAUUGCCACAAAAAACUUUCAUUUAUUAUAAAGUCUUUCUAUAAUAAUA